AUGGCUAAUCCUGCUAGGACUAUCAAGGAAUUGGUUUCACCUGAUCUGCAUUUUCAAAAUUGGUGCAUUAAUUAUCCUGAUAUUGACACUGAUUUUGAGUUAAAGUCUGGAUUGAUUCACUUACUUCCAAAAUUUAAUGGUCUUGCAGGCGAGGAUCCAUACAAUCACUUGAAGACUUUUCAUAUGAUCUGUACUGCUAUGAAGCCUUCUGGUGUGUCUGAGGAUCAGAUUAAGAUGCGUGCCUUCCCAUUUUCUUUGGAAAGUUCUGCAAAGAAUUGGCUUCUUCGCUUACCUCCUGGAUUCAUUACUUCAUGGGACCAGCUGAAAAGGUUGUUUUUGGAAAAGUAUUUCCCAGCAUCUCGUACUUCCUCCAUCAGGAAGGAUAUUUGUGGUUGUCGACAAAUGUCUGGGGAAUCCUUAUAUGAGUAUUAUGAGCGCUUUAAGGCAUUGUUAUCCAGUUGUCCUCACCACCAAAUUUCAGAUACAUUGUUGAUUCAAUAUUUUCAUGAAGGGCUCUUGCCUCUUGAGAGAGAUUUACUAGAUUCUGCUGCUGGAGGUGCUCUUCUUGACUUGACUGUUGAAGCUGCUUGGAGAUUGAUUGAAAAGAAAGCUGAAAAUACCCAACAGUUUGGUACUAGGCAGCAAGCUAGAGUAAAUGAAGUUGGAUUGCAUUCAUCUUAUUCUGAGUCUCGCCUUGAGAGCAAAAUUGAUAAGUUAACAUCUGCUAUGGAGAAAAUGGUUGUAUUUCAGAUGAAAAACUCCCAAAAUAUGGCUCCUUCUGUGGGAUCUUCCUCUGCUUUCAUCCCACAAGCUGACUCUACAGCUCUAAUUGGGCCACUUUGCUCUAUUUGCUCUCUAGCUACUCACACCACUGACUCUUGCCCUUACCUAAAUGAUGGAGUUGACUCGUGUAAUGCAGUAUACCACACUAAGCCUAUGACUCAAGGUGGCCAGAAAUAUGAUCCUUACUCAAAUACAUACAACCCUGGAUGGCGUGACCAUCCAAAUCUCAGAUAUGGGAGUGGCCAGCCUCAACAAUCACAGUUCAAUCAAGGCAUAAACUCUUCUGGUGGUAAAAUGUUCCAACAAGUUAGGCAAACUAUGCCCAAUCAAGAUGAGAGUUCAAAGUUAGAAGGCAUGAUGAAACUCCUGAUGGAUAAGUUUGAACAAAAGGAUUUGCAACAUAGCCAAGAAAUUCAGAAUCUUCAAACUCAAAUUGGGCAGUUAUCUAAUGCAUUUAGUAACAUGCAAAGUCAAGGCUCAGGGAAGUUGCCAUCUCAAGUAGUAGUUAACCCUAAUGUUGGCACCCAGCAGAAUCCUAACAUUGGUGGAAUUAAUGCUAUAUCUCUUAGAAGCGGAAAUUCAAUUACCUCUGCAGAUCCUGUCACUACCCAUGCUUCAACAACAAGGAAGGAAGCUAUCAUUAAAGAUUCUCCCCCUGCUUCCACAUCGCAUAAUAAGUCCAUUUUUAACACCACAACAUGUGGCAUUGCAAGAAGAGCAAGAAAAGAGGGAAGGGAAGAAGGAAGAAAGUGA